AGUAGAGAACUACAAUUCUCAGAGUGCACUUCUGCCUAGCUUUAUGCUGUUCAUGGCGUCUGGCCGAGAGCUAAGGACAAGUCGCCUUCUGACGAACAGAUAGGCCGAACAAUUUAACGGUCUUGUGUUAGUUGUCACUGAGUGACACCAUGGAGGUGGAGAGUGUCAGCGUGGAGGAGAAGAGUCGUUUAACCCUGCUGAGGUUUGAAGCCGCCGUGAAAGUGAUCAAGAGUUUACCCCCGGAUGGCCCCUUUCAGCCCUCCAAUGACAUGAUGCUCAAGUUCUACAGUUACUAUAAACAAGCCACUAUAGGAACAUGCAAUAUACCCCGUCCGGGCUUCUGGGAUGCAGUUGGCAAAGCUAAAUGGGAUGCAUGGAAUUCACUUGGAGAUAUGCCGAAAGAAGAAGCGAUGGCAGCUUAUGUUAAUGAAAUGAAACUGAUCUUGGAAGGCAUGCCCAUGACUGACGAGGUGGAGGAGCUCCUGCGGGUCCUCGGCCCGUUCUAUGAGCUGGUUGACGAGAAGAAAAAGAUCACGCAGAUAUCAGACCUAAGCACAGGGUUUGGGACUAUGCUGAAUUCGGUCUCCUCAAAUAGUGUCACAAAGAGCAUUAUUAGAAACAUGGAGAUGAACGGCACUCUGGAGACUCGGCCUGCCAGGCUAAAAAAGACGGAAGAAAUGCAACAGGAGGAUGAAGAUGAUGAGGAGGAGGACGAGGAGGAAGAAGAAGAAGAAGAUGAUGAUGAUGAAGAAGAAGAAAUAAUGGAAGUCAGAAAAGACAAGAAAUCUGCAGCUUCACAACCAAAGAAGAGAAACAGGAGACACAAAGCACACCAAUCAAACGGUAAACUGGCCAACGGCGUCGCCAGUCUGACAAAUGGGAGUCAUUCUAGAGCCGCCCUGAACAGCGACGACUCGCAGGAGGGCUCGGUCAGCGAACCUCUUCUCAAUGGACACCACGCAGAUGCAAGAACCAAUCACCUGGCCAGUGACUCAGACAGUGAGGUCUACUGUGAUUCUGUGGACCAGUUUGGCCAAGAAGAGAACUCCGAACACAACCGCUCUCUGGACGACCUGGAUGUGGAGGAGAGUCAUGUCCUGGUGCCUGUAGAGGAGCUGCAGGAGGAUGUUCAGGGUCCUCCCCAGGCUGUUAGGUGUGGGGGGGAGGAUGGAGAAACAGCUGGAACAAAUCUGCAGAGGCCAAGACUGAAUGCGGACCAGUCAGGCAGCUCCUCAGUCCGGCGAGGACGGGGUUCCCGGUCUCCAGGCCUCAGAUCUGGACCUCUGAUGCCCACGCACAGCGGUGGACAUGGCGACGGGGGCCACUGGAGAGGCGGGGUAGCACCCAGCGGGAGCCUGAAUGAGCAGAUUGUUGUGGCGCUGGCCAGACUGCAGGAGGACAUGCAGAGCGUUCUGGAGAGGCUGCACACCCUGGAGGCUCUAACCGCCAGCCAGGCCAGAUCAGUGGCGCUUUCACCUACUUUUGUUUCGCCUCCACUGAACAAGCGGAGUCAGAAACCAUCCUGGUGGCCUUUUGACAUUUCACCAGCCAGUCUGGCCUUCGCUGUGAUCUGGCCUUUUGUGGUCCAGUGGCUUAUCCGUCUAUACAUGCAGAGGAGGAGAAGACGCAUCAACUGAUCCAGCUCUCAGACACCCACAGGCACAGACGAUAACAAGUUGCUUUAAAGUCUUUAUUUGGGCGGCUAAUGGCUCCCACGUCCUCCCUCCUCCUGCUUACACCCACAGACCAGUAAUUGGCUUUUGCACUAUGAAGAAGGCAUCUAGAGUAAAGAGCGGGAGGAACUUGAGCCUCCGGUGAACUGCACUGCGGAUGUGGAAUCACGAAUGUACGGGCCUGUGAUUUAACAACCUUUUCAAGCUGAUUCAGCUGUACUGAAAUCUGUUUGCCUGUAAGAAACGGUUUGCGUUAGGAGGUUAAAUCCACUGAUGGAAAUGGUUAGCGUGGCCGUAGAUCAACCACAGAAGCUUCUCGGUUAUUUCUGAAACUUCGGCUUUGUUGCACAAAAUUUUGAUGUUUUUAUUAGCUGCCCAGAAGAUGCUGCUUUAAUAAAAUGUUGUAAUGACUGUAGUAAAGAGGUGAGGAUUGAAUGUAAUGUACUGAUUUGGAAUUCUUUUUAAUUCUAAGUUAAUAUUUAAUGCAUUUAGAAAGUUCCAAUGAAGUCACUGUAGGCCACAUUUCAGCUGUAAGUGAGGUUUUUGUUUAUUGUCGUCUGUUCUGCUUCAUAUCAGUCUGUGCUUCACGCCUGGGUGGUCUGAGUUUUCACUUCUUUAUUUUCCUAAUAGAAAAAAGUGCCUCCAACAUCAUAAGGUACGUUUUUACUGUAGAUGGCAUUAUGAUUUCAUGCAUUCACAUAUUAGUGGGACUGUCGCAGGUCUGGACCAAAUUACCAUUAAUCAUGCUAUCCAGAGAACCACGAGGUCGAUAUCUGAUGAUUAUUAUCGCUUGUUUGUGUUGUUUACGCUGUUGUUUUUCUGUGUUGUAUCAUUCUAAUGUGUGACUAAGCAACAUGUUUGAUUUUUGUGUAAAGAUUCUACGCGAUGGAAAUCAUUUGCAGUGAGCUCUUUAAAGAUUGUGUACAAUAGCUGUACAGUUAAAAUCAAAUGCAAUAUUUUAAUUGCAUCUCUGUGUAUUAAUGUAGAUAAUUAUAUUUACAAAGGUUGGCUUCUGCAUUAACGCUAAUCUUUCCAGAGUUAUGUUUUAAUAUAAAGUAAAGAUUUACAUUUUUAAAGAAGCGUACUAAAGCUUUCUCACCCUCUCUGCCUGUGCGUUGAGUGGGGUUUGCAUGUGAUAAUCGCAGACUAAAAUAAAGUUUUAACGAAG